AAUUAUUCGUAGGGUAACAGUUACUCCCCUUAGCUCUAGUUCUCCGAUAAUUCUCUCAUAAAAUUUAUAACAAUAUUCAUUGAAAGUAAUUUUAAACUUUUAUUACAGUUGUGCUAUGGCAACAAGUACGAUCGAAAGAACAGGUGUAGUUCAGGACGAAUCUACAGGUGAGAAAUAUAUACCUGCUAGUAGAAGACCAGAUGGAACCUGGAGGAAGCCUAGAAGAGUAAAAGAUGGUUUUGUACCACAGGAGGAAAUGCCAGUGUAUGAGAACAAAGGUGUUCAGUGGCUGAAAAGCAAACCAUUGCUACCCCCAGGAUUAGAUCCCAGUGGAGCCAGCAGUGGAAAUACACAGGUCAGCAGUAGUGAACCCAUGUCAAAAGCAGCAAAGAAAAAUGCCAAGAGAAAAGAGAAGAAAAAACAGCAGCAACAAGAGGGUAACCAAUCAGGAACUUCAAUGCAAAAUGUCACUCAGUCAUUGGCUGGAGUAAAAAUAAACAAUGACCAACCAGCUGCCAGGAGUAAAACUAAUGACCAAUCAGAUUUCAAAGUUGCUAAACAGACUGGAGAGAAUAGUGAUAAACAGGAGAUAACAAAGAAAUUGAAAAACCUGAAAAAGAAAUUGAAACAGAUUGAGGAUCUGGAAAAAAGAAUUCAGAGUGGUGAAUUGAAAAACCCAGAGAAAGAACAGCUUGAGAAAAUAGGGAAAAAGAAAAUUAUUCUUGAUGAAAUAGAAGAUCUUGAAUUAGAUCUUGAUGAUUAGUUAACAUAUCAUACAGAAACAACUGAAUCAUGACCCAUAGUCAUCCACAUUUUGAAUCUAAAUUUGAUCUGAAAUUUUAUAAUUUAUAAAACAUAGAAUUUAUUAUCAAAGCAAAUCUGCCUUUUUGAAAAGACUUUAUAAAAUUUCAUUUAUGAUUUAUAUGCUUGUUUAUGAGCUAGAAAGAAAGAAGAAGGAAUGAACAAACAAUGAGAUAGGGUGAAGUCACUUACUCAUAAACAAUGAAUUUAAGCUACGUAGAUGUACAUAGUGCUCUAAAUGAAUAAGUUAUAUAACAUAUGACAGUUGGAAUAUUGAAGUAUUUAUUAUCAGUGACUGAGAGAAUUUAGCAGUAGAUGUACCCAUCCAAAAUGGAAUGUCUUGGAAAUGGUGCGGUUUACUUCUCCAACCAGCCUGCUGGUAUAAAACAGAAAGAUUGCUCAUUGUUAAAUCAGACACUGAACAUUUAUACAUAUGUGCCCCAGAUUACCUAUAUCCAUUAUUCUUUCAGACCAAUGAUAUUUGUCCUGUCUUAUUCAUGACAAUUAAACAUGAGAAAACGUGUACAGUGCUAAUAUGCUAGUCCAUUUGUUACCUUAUACCAGACAUUUGCUGCUUUCAUAGUAGAUAUAGGGCAUAUGAAUUCAAAACACUUUCAAAUUUAAUAUUUUUUAAUACUUUAAUGUUUAUUGAAAUAUUGUUGAAUACUUCAAAUACUAAGGGGAUAGAUGUUUUAUUAAUGAAAUAUUAAAUCCAUUUUUUUUUUUUUUCAUGAUUUAUUUAAACUGUUUUACAUGGUCAGUUAAAAGAAAUGAAAGGAAGUGUUUUUGCUUUAAAAAAGUCUAGUUUGAUAUCCAGUAUCUUGCAGUAUGUGAAAACUUAGAAAUAUGUAACAAAAUAUCUUGAUUAUCAAACUCUUAUGAACUUGCUUAGAUUGUAGUAAAAUUAAGAAAAAUGGAAUAUCAUGUAUGCCAUAGAAAUUUUCAAGUAGUGUAGGUUAGAUGUGCAAAAUCAAGAUUUUGUACACACAUCUCAUCACAGUAAGACAGAAAAACAUCUUAACUUUGACUGCAAAAUAAAAUAAAAGAAAAAAAUUCUGUGAUGAGCAGGACAAAAAAAGAAAUGUGUCCACUAAUCAAGCUGAAAAUCUCUUUGUUUAAUUGAUAAAGUGCUGGUGCAGGUAGAUUAAAACUGAGUAGAUUAUACAGAGCUUUAUAAGAUCACAAGGAUGACAACUUGUUGUGUUUAAUGGGCUUUUAGAGCUGUUUUGUCUAAUUUGUUCUCCCAAGUCAAGUCUUUGUGUUAUUAACAUGAUAUAUACACAUGUAAUAUUGUAAAGGUGGUAAAUUCUACAUAUAAAUGUGGUUUAAAGUAUUAUCAGUAAGAAGGUUAAUGUUUUUUCUAUAUUUAUGAAAUAAAAGUAGAGUUU